UCUCCUUUAGUUUUACACACAACCAGAAAAAAGAGAGAGAUAUGAGAAGUUAUUACAAAGGCGGCAGCAGCAGUAGUAAUGAUAAUAUGAUGGAGAAGAAGCCUGCUAUAAAGUUCACAAAGCUUUUCAUUAAUGGAGAAUUCGUUGAUUCAGUUUCAGGGAAAACAUUCGAGACAAUAGAUCCCAGAAACGGAGAGGUACUAGGAAGAAUCGCUGAAGGAGACCAAAACGACGUCGACUUAGCUGUGAAAGCCGCCCGUGGUGCUUUCGACCAUGGGCCAUGGCCUCGCUUACCGGGUUGUGAGAGGGGAAGGAUUAUGAUGAAAUUCGCAGACUUAAUUGAGCAAAACUUGGAGGAACUAGCCACACUGGAAAGCCUUGAUUGCGGAAAAUUGUUUAACUAUAACAAGUCAAUCGACAUACCAGGGGUGGCCGCCACUCUCCGGUACUACGCCGGCGCAGCCGACAAAAUCCAUGGGCAAGUUUUGAAAAUGUCACGUGAGUUUCAAGGUUACACUUUGCUUGAACCUAUUGGGGUUGUAGGCCACAUCAUUCCAUGGAAUUUCCCUUCCACUAUGUUCUUUGCCAAGGUCAGCCCUGCCUUGGCUGCAGGCUGCACCAUCGUACUCAAACCCGCCGAGCAAACUCCUCUCACAGCUCUGUUUUAUGCCCAUCUUGCUAAGCAGGCUGGUAUACCUGAUGGAGUGCUUAAUGUAGUGACUGGGUUUGGGCCAACAGCUGGUGCUGCUAUUAGCUCUCACAUGGACAUUAACAUGGUGUGUUUUACUGGCUCCACAGAAACAGGUAGAGAGGUAAUGAAGGCAGCAGCAAUGAGCAACUUGAAACCAGUUUCAUUAGAAUUAGGAGGCAAGUCACCCCUCAUCAUUUUUGAUGAUGCUGAUAUUGAAAUGGCUACUGAUCUUGCCCUUACUGGAAUCCUUUUUAACAAGGGAGAAAUAUGUGUUGCAAGUUCUCGUGUUUAUGUCCAAGAAGGGAUUUAUGAUGAAUUUGUAAACACGUUAGUAGAGAAGGCAAAAGCUUGGGUUGUUGGAGACCCUUUUGAUCCUCAAGUUUGUCAAGGACCUCAGGUUGACAAGGCUCAAUUUGAUAAAAUCCUAAGCUACAUUGAGCAUGGUAAGAGAGAAGGAGGGACUUUGUUAACUGGGGGAAAGAGUGUAGGGAACAAGGGAUAUUACAUUGAGCCAACCAUAUUCACUGAUGUUAAUGAGGACAUGCUUAUUUUCAAGGAUGAAAUAUUUGGGCCUGUUAUGGCACUCAUGAAGUUUAAGACAAUGGAAGAGGGAAUAGCUAAAGCCAACAACACAAAAUAUGGGCUAGCAGCAGGGAUUGUGACGAAGGACUUGAAUGUGGCUAACACAGUUUCAAGAUCAAUCCGAGCUGGGAUUAUUUGGAUCAAUUGUUACCUUGUUUUCGAUCGAGAUUGUCCUUACGGUGGAUACAAGAUGAGUGGAUUUGGAAGAGAUCUUGGCUUAGAGGCACUUCAUAAGUAUCUUCAAGUCAAAUCAGUCAUAACUCCCAUUUACAACUCUCCAUGGCUUUAAUUAUUUCAGAUUUGAGUGUACCAGCUAAUACAUAAUAUUGGGAGUUGUACAAUUUUUUUUUUUUAUUUUUAAGGUUAUUCUAUAAAAGAAACUUGUAAGAUUUUUCCUUUUUUGAACAUUUAAUAAACAGGAGUGAUUAAAAAGUGUAUAUGUAUAAUAAAUAGAAUCAUUCAAUAAAUAUGAGAACUUGUUAUUGUAUUAA